AUGGACGCCCACCAGCCCCCUCUCCACCGCGCAUUUAUUGCCUUUGGAAGCAAUGUGGGAGACCGCAUUGAGAUGAUCGAGGCCGCCUGUCGUGAGAUGGAGCGAGCGAGCAUUAGAGUCAAAAGGACAAGCUCGCUGUUCGAGACGGCUCCUAUGUAUGUUCUCGAUCAGGAUCCGUUCAUCAAUGGAGUGUGCGAGGUAGAAACCAGCCUGAGCCCCAUGGAUCUCCUCGAUACUUUACAGUCUAUCGAGCUCGGCCUGGGCCGCAAGAAGCUCAUCGACAAGGGGCCCCGAUCCAUCGACCUGGACAUCCUCCUCUACGACCAACAGAUCUUCUCCCAUGAACGCCUGAGCAUCCCUCAUCAACUGAUGCUGGAGCGCGACUUUGUCCUGCGCCCAUUGAGCCAACUCAUCCCGCACGAACGGCCGCCCUUCCCAGGGCACAACACCACCUACCUAUCGCACCUGAAAUCGCUGGCACCGCCGCACCCGCUGCCCAUCUCGACGACGCCAAUAUCCGCGACCUUCCCAGCUCUGCACUCGACCUCGCCCACGCGCCGCACGCACAUCAUGGCGAUCCUCAACCUGACGCCGGACUCCUUCUCGGACGGCGGGAAGCACUCACCGCAGGACCUAGACGCACUGAGCACGACGGUGCGAUCCAUGAUCGCCGCCGGCGCGACGAUCAUCGACAUCGGCGGCGAGAGCACGCGGCCGGGCUCGCAGCCCGUGGGCGAAGCGGAGGAGCUGCGGCGCGUGAUCCCGGCGAUCCGACACAUCCGGACGGCGAUCCCGGAAGCGCGGACCGUGGCGCUGAGCAUCGACACGUACCGGGCGCGCGUGGCCGAGGCCGCGGUGGCGGCGGGCGCGGACAUCAUCAACGACGUGUCGGCGGGGCUGCUGGACCCCGAGAUGCUGCCGACGGCCGCGCGCACCGGCGCCGCCAUCAUCCUGAUGCACAUGCGCGGCACCCCGGCCACCAUGACGGGGCUGACCGAGUACCCCAACGGCGUAAUUGAGGACGUCGGCCGCGAGCUGCGCGCCCGCGUCGCCGCCGCCGAGGCCGCCGGCGUGCGCCGCUGGCGCAUCAUCCUCGACCCCGGCCUCGGCUUCGCCAAGAACGAGCCCCACGAUUUGGCCAUCCUGCGUGACCUGCAGAAGCUGCGCACCGGUGUCGAGGGCCUCGAGUAUUUCCCCUGGCUCAUGGGGCCGAGUCGGAAGCGCUUCGUCGGCCGCUUGACCGGUGUCACGAAGGCGAGUGAGCGCACCUGGGGCACCGCCGCGACGGUCACGGCUAGUGUGGCCGGAGGCGCGGACAUUGUGCGCGUGCAUGAUGUGAAGGAGAUGUGGCAGGUCGGGCGAGUAGCGGAUGCGAUUUAUAGGGGUGCCAUAUAA